CUCCUCCUUCCUCCCUCCUCCUCCUCACCUGCGGGCCUCAGAGCGCAGCGCCGCGGGGACCCAGGGAGCUGCAGACCAAACCUCACCGGCUCGUGUGCGCGCAAGAGCCGCUGCGUCCCGCUUUGAGUUCACCGCCGGCUGAAGCAUGGAGGAGUUGGCCAGAGAGAGCAUCAGCCUGCUGACUUCAGCCUCAGCCAAACCCCAGCUGGACGUCGGGCCUCGGCUCGGUUCCCUGGGGGCCAUUUUCAUCAUGCUGAAAUCCGCGCUGGGCGCAGGGCUCCUGAACUUCCCCUGGGCCUUCGAGAGAGCCGGGGGAAUCCGCAGCGCCAUCUCCGUGGAGCUGAUCUCCCUGGUGUUCCUGGUGAGCGGCCUGAUCAUCCUGGGCUACUCCUCGUCCAUCAGCGGUCAGUGCACCUACCAGGCGGUGGUGAAGGAGGUGUGCGGGCCGGCCAUCGGCCAGCUGUGCGAGAUCUGCUUCGUCUUCAACCUCUUCAUGAUCUCUGUGGCCUUCCUGGUCAUAGUGGACGACCAGUUAGAGAAGUUGUGUGACUCUUUGUAUGAGCUGGUCACCGGUUUGCCGAAGUCAGAUAUGCCGUACCACUUCUACACGGACCAGCGCUUCGCCCUGGUGCUGCUCUGCGUCUUCCUCAUCCUGCCGCUGUCCAUCCCUAAAGAGAUCAGCAUUCAGAAAUACAUCAGCGUCCUGGGCACUCUGGCUGCGACCUACCUGACCACCGCCAUCAUCAUCAAAUACCACACCAUGCCUUCUGUUCUGGUUCGCAGCGCCCCGCUCUACAGCAGUGGGAUCAGCUCCUGGGCCUCCAUGUUCAGUGUCAUCCCGACCAUCUGCUUUGGUUUCCAGUGUCACGAGGCGUCGAUCGCCAUCUACAGCAGCAUGGAGAACCAGAGGCUCUCCCACUGGGUCCUCAUCUCUGUGGUGUCCAUGAUCUUCUGCCUCAUCAUUUACUCCCUCACAGGGGUUUAUGGGUACCUGACAUUUGGAAAACACGUGAAGGCCGACAUUCUGAUGUCGUACACCGGCGACGACAUGCUGAUGCUCAUUGCCAGGCUUCUGUUUGGAGUCUCCAUCAUCACCAUCUAUCCCAUCAUCCUGUUGCUGGGCAGAUCAGUGAUCCAGGACCCGCUACUGAGCUGGCGGCGGCAACGCGUCGGCGUGGUGACGCACGGGUUCGAGAGCCGCAGCCGCUACACGCUGACGGUCCUGUGGAUAACGGUGACGCUGCUCAUCGCCGUGUUCGUCCCAGACAUCAGCAAAGUCAUCAGUGUCAUCGGAGGGAUCAGCGCCUUCUUCAUCUUCAUCUUCCCAGGACUCUGUUUGGUGUUUGCCAUGCAGUCAGAGCCAGUGUCCUGCAAGACCAGAGUCGUCCUCACGGUUUGGGGGGUGGUGACUCUGAUCUGCGGAGCCUUCAUCUUCGGCCAGAGUACCACCAUCGCCAUCAUGCAGCUCCUCGGGAGGAUCUGACCUCGAUGAUCCGGGUGUUUUCGUGGAAGACGACUGUGGCCACAUCUGAACUCUCAAGCUCUCUACAGAGCUCACAAUAAGUUGUGGCUCUUUAACGAUGGACAAUGACCCAAAACAAACCAGACGCUCCUUCAGACUUCAUGGCUCUCACCACUACUAAACCUAGUAGCCCUUCCUCCCUCCUCGAGGUACGUUACCUAAUCACUCCUAGUGGCACCGUGAGCUCUUCCUCCCACCGUGCUGACAUCUGAACGAAAUCCUCAGGUAUUUUCUCCAUUUAUUUAUGCAUGUGGGAAGAGCUUUGAGCCGACAGUGGGCAGGGUGUUACAAACAUGUUCGGCUCUGUUUUUUAUUAGCAGAGCCGUUUUUUAUUAUUAUUCCUUUUAUUUAUACCGUGGGGUUGUGUUGAGGAAGGUCUGGCUGGGAAUAUUCACCAGUGGAGCCAUGAAAAGACGGAGUUGCUUGAGGGCACCAGACGAGGCGGAUGGGGAGGAUGAUUUGAUGUUUGUGUAUAUUUGCUUGUAAAUAGAUCAUCCGCUGUGUAUGUGGAAAAGAUAAAAGUAGUAAAGAUGUAAAACCGUUAGAAUUGGGUUUAGAAAGAAGAUAAAUAAAAUAAUUUUUUGUAUGAA